AUGACAGAAGUCACACAAGAUGUUGAGAAGAUGUACAUUUCCUAUAACAAUAUACACAAGUUAUGUCAAAAGAUAGCAAAACAGAUAAUGGAUCGAGGCGAGAGACCUGAUGUAAUUAUCGCUAUUACAGGUGGUGGAAUGAUUCCUGCCAGAAUUAUUAGAUCUUUUUUGAAGGUUAAAGGUCAAAAGAACAUCCCAAUUCAGGCUAUUGGUUUGUCUCUUUACGAAGAUCUUGGGCUGGAUGACCAAGUCGAGUCUAUUGGCAAAGAAGUGAUCAGAACACAGUGGUUAGAUUUUGGUUCGCUUGAGCAACAUUUCGAUUCGCUGAUUGGUAAGCGGGUAUUGAUCGUUGAUGAAGUUGACGAUACCAGAACAACUUUACACUAUGCAGUCACUGAACUGGAAAACGAAGUUCGUGAUCAGCAGAAGAAACUUAACAGAACAAACGAAGAAACAAUUUUCUCUAUUUUUGUGUUGCACAAUAAGUUGAAACAAAAGAAGGCUGAACUACCCACGUACAUGAUGGAAAAUGAUCGCUAUCUUGCUGCUGAAAACGUCCCAGAUGUCUGGUUAUGUUAUCCUUGGGAAGCUGUCGAUAUUGAGGAACAUACUAGCCUGGCUAUCGCUCAAGGAAACAAUUAA